AUGGGAGGCUCUGAAUCCUGUGGUGGUGUAGUCCAAGGACUGAAUGGUACCAUAGAGUCGCCGGGUUUCCCCCAUGGCUAUCCCAACUACGCCAACUGUACAUGGCUGAUAAUAACAGGGGAGAGGAACCGAAUCCAGCUAACCUUUGUAACGCUGGCGCUGGAGGAAGACUUUGAUAUUGUAUCAGUUUACGAUGGACAACCGUCGCCUGGCAACUUAAAAAUGAGGUUGUCAGGAUUCAUGCUGCCCUCCCCUAUAGUCAGCAGUGGAUCCAUAUUGGCCUUGUGGUUUACCACAGACUUUGCUGUCAGUGCACAGGGCUUCAAAGCUGUAUACGAAGUCCUGCCCAGCCACACAUGUGGCACCCCCGGGCUCAUGCCAAAUGGAGUCAUUCAUGGCUCGCGGUACAACAUGGGGGACAAGAUCCGAUACAGCUGUGAGUCAGGUUUUGUAUUGGAAGGACACAGUAUCCUCACAUGUAUUGUAUCACCUGGCAGUGGAGCACAGUGGGACUUCCCAUCACCAUUUUGUAGGGCGGAGGGAGCAUGUGGCGGUACGUUACGAGGCACAGCAGGUUCAAUAACCAGCCCGGGAUUCCCCGCAGAGUAUGACAACAACCUGGACUGUACAUGGUCAAUCCUCUCUGAACCCGGGGACACUAUAGCUCUCGUCUUCAAUGACUUCCUGUUAGAGGACAAAUAUGACUUCCUGGAAAUCAGCGGGACAGAAGCACCAAGCAUAUGGCUGACAGGUACAACCCUGCCCUCACCAGUGAUAUCAAAUAAGAACUGGCUUCGGAUACAUUUCACCUCAGAUAGCAACCAUCGAAGAAAAGGAUUCAGUGCUCAAUACCAAGUGAAGAAAGCAAUAGAGUUGAAGUCAAGAGGGGUGAAGAUGAUGCCCAGUAAAGACUCCAGUCACAAAAAUGCUGUCUUGAGUCAAAGCGGUCUUGCUGGGGAUGUUUGUCCAGAUCCUGGAGUUCCAGAAAAUGGCAAGAGGAUGGGCUCAACCUUCCAAAUUGGAUCCAGCGUCCAGUUCAGUUGUGAUGACAGCUAUGUACUACAAGGAUCUAAAAGUAUCACCUGCCAACGAGUCACUGACACACUGGCUGCCUGGAGUGACCACAGACCCAUCUGCAGAACUCGUACCUGUGGCAGCAAUCUAAGGGGGCCCAAAGGGGUCAUAACUUCUCCUAACUACCCUGUUCAAUAUGAGAACAACGCACACUGUGUGUGGGUCAUCACUGCAAUGGACUCUGAGAAGGUGAUAAAGCUGUCAUUUGAAGAGUUUGACCUGGAAAGAGGAUAUGACACACUAACUGUAGGAGAUGGAGGGAAGAUAGGAGACACUCGGAGGGUACUCUAUGUACUUACCGGUUCCAGUGUCCCUGACCUCAUCGUUAGCCUGUCCAAUCAAAUGUGGCUCCACCUGCAGUCAGAUGAUACGAUUGGCUCAGCGGGGUUCAAGGCAGUCUAUGAAGAGAUCGAACGGGGAGGCUGUGGUGAUCCUGGGGUGCCGGCAUUUGGUCGCCGUAGCGGUGAUCGCUUUCAACAUGGUGACGCGUUGACCUUCUUUUGCCAGUCGGCCUUUGAACUAGUGGGAGAGAGGACCAUCACAUGCCAGCACAAUAACCAGUGGUCUGGCAAUAAGCCCAGUUGUAUUUUCUCAUGUUUCUUCAACUUUACGGCUCCAUCAGGGACUAUAUUGUCCCCGAACUACCCAGAGGAGUAUGGGAACAACCUGAACUGUGUGUGGUUGAUUAUCUCUGAACCGGGCAGCCGCAUUCAUCUUCUCUUCUCUGACUUUGACCUGGAGCCACAGUUUGACUGGUUGGUGAUCAAAGAUGAAGGACUGUCUGAGCCACAAACAUUUGGAACGUUCUCAGGAAAAGAUGUUCCAUCACAGAUUGCCUCGAAUGGACACAUCAUGAGACUGGAAUUUCAAUCUGAUCAUUCUAAUACUGGAAAAGGCUUCAAUAUCAGCUACACCACAUUUGGUCAGAAUGAAUGCCAUGACCCAGGAGUUCCUGUCAAUGGUCAAAGGUAUGGUGACCAGUUUCAGCUCGGCAGCUCAGUGACUUUUCACUGUGAUCAAGGAUUCAUUAGGACACAGGGGUCUGAUCAGGUCACUUGCAUCAUCCAGGAGGGAAACGUUGUUUGGUCUGCGGCUGUACCUCGCUGUGAAGCUCCAUGUGGAGGCCAUCUUACAGCCCCUACUGGUGUUCUGCUGUCUCCUGGUUGGCCCUCCUUUUAUAAAGACUCUCUGAACUGCCAGUGGGUGAUUGAAGCACAGCCAGACCACGCUGUGAAGAUACACUUUGACAGGUUUCAGACUGAGGUCAACUAUGACACACUGGAAAUCAGGGAUGGCCCCUCAGCCUCCUCUCCCCUCAUCGGUGAAUACCACGGCACCCAAGCACCUCAUUUCCUGAUUUCCACAUCCAACGUCCUGUUCCUGUUGUUCACGACAGACAACAGCCGCUCUGCAGCAGGCUUUAGCAUCAGAUAUGAAAGUGUGAAAAUGGAGUCAGACUCUUGUCUUGAUCCUGGUAUCCCAGUCAAUGGUCGUCGCCAUGGCAGCAGCUUUUCUAUUGGCUCCCAUGUCUCAUUUGCAUGUGAUCUAGGAUACACACUGAGUGAUGAGGAGCCAAUUGUUUGCGAGCAGAAUCAUCUGUGGAGUCACGCUCUUCCCAGUUGUGAUGCCCUUUGUGGAGGUUAUAUCUUUGGUAAAACGGGGACAAUUCUGUCUCCUGGCUUUCCUGACUUUUACCCCAAUUCUCUUAACUGCACUUGGACUAUAGAGGUGUCUCAUGGGAAAGGAGUCCAUCUGGUUUUCCACACUUUCCAUCUGGAGGAGAACCAUGACUACCUUUCCAUCACUGAGGACAGCAAUUUCCAGGUUCCAGUAGCUCGACUCACUGGCUCAGUGCUGCCCCCUAGUGUCAAAGCAGGGCUCUAUGGGAACUUCAGCGCUCAGCUACGUUUCAUAUCGGAUUUUUCCAUGAGUUAUGAAGGCUUUAAUAUUACUUUCUCAGAGUACGACUUAGAGUCAUGUGAGGAUCCCGGCGUACCAGCGUACAGCAGGAGGAUGGGAUUCAGAUUUCGGGUUGGCGACUCGCUGGCCUUCACUUGUUUCAGUGGCUACCGACUUGAGGGAGACAGCAAGAUCACUUGUCUGGGAGGAGGCAGGCGAGUCUGGAGCAACAUACUACCACGAUGUAUAGCGGAGUGUGGAGCCUCCUCACUAGGACCAGAAGGUGUUCUGCUCUCUCCUAACUUUCCCUCCAACUACGAUAACAACCACGAGUGCAUCUACCGCAUCACUACCGAAAAGGGCAAAGGAAUCAGGCUGAAAGCUGAGAGCUUCUUAUUGCAAGAUGGAGACUAUCUCAAGGUGUAUGAUGGAGAGAACACUUCAUCCCGUCUCCUUGGCAACUUUACAUAUGAUGGCAUGACGGGUCAUGUCAUCAAUAGUACAUCCAAUCGCUUGUGGCUGGAGUUCAACAGCAACGCCUCUGGAACCAAUCAGGGCUUCCACCUCACAUACACAAGUUUUGACCUGGUACGCUGUGAGGAACCAGGUGUCCCUAGUUAUGGCUAUAAGAUCCAAGACGAUGGCCAUUAUGCCAACACUUUUGUUCUGUACUCCUGCAACCCUGGAUACAGUCUCCAUGGCAGCAGUACACUGACCUGUCUUAGCGGGGACAGACGUGUCUGGGACAAACCACUUCCUUCCUGUCUCGCGGAGUGUGGAGGUCACAUAACUGGAGCAGUGUCUGGACGGAUUCUGUCUCCGGGAUAUCCUGCUCCAUAUGACAACAACCUACACUGUACCUGGACUAUAGAGGCUGACACAGGCAAGACUAUCAGCCUCCACUUCAUAGUCUUUGACACUGAGAUUGGCCACGAUAUCCUGAGAGUUUGGGAUGGUCCAUCUGCACCAUCAGACGGGGGGAUCCUAUUGAAAGAAUGGUCAGGCCCAGCCUUACCUGAAGAUAUCCACUCAACUUUCAACACACUCACACUGCAGUUUGAUUCUGAUUAUUUCAUCAGCAAGCAAGGAUUUUCUAUACAAUUUUCCACCACUACAGCAACAACAUGCAAUGACCCAGGCAUCCCUGUAAAUGGUUCUCGAUAUGGGGACAGUAAGGAGCCUGGUGACAGCAUGACGUUCCAGUGUGAUCCAGGCUACCAGCUGCAAGGCCUAGACACCAUCACAUGUGUACGGAUGGAUAACAGAUUCUACUGGCAACCUGACCCUCCAACAUGUGCCGCAACAUGUGGGGGUAACGUCAGCGGUCCUUCUGGAGUAAUUCUGUCUCCUAACUACCCCCAGCCUUACCCUCCUGGGAAAGACUGCGAUUGGAGAAUCAGAGUCAACCCUGACUUUGUUAUUGCUCUCAUCUUUAAAAGUUUCAACAUGGAGCCAAGUUACGACUUCCUGCACAUCUAUGAGGGUGAAGACUCUAAUGGGCCGUUACUAGCAAGUCUCCAAGGCAACCAGGCCCCAGAGCGAAUAGAGAGCAGUAGUAACAGUCUCUUCCUGGCAUUCAGAUCUGAUGCCUCACUGGGCAUGUCUGGGUUUGCCAUUGAAUAUAGAGAAAAACCAAGCGAGGCCUGUUUUGACCCUGGUAACAUUAUGAAUGCCAGUCGGACAGGAUAUGACUAUAAACUGGGAUCUCAGGUCUCCUACAACUGUCACCAUGGCUACACAACAGUGGGCGGGGAUACCAUCACCUGUGUCAUGGGGAAUGCUGGGAAGCCGGUGUGGGACAGGGCUCUGCCAUCAUGUAAAGCUCCAUGCGGAGGACAGUAUGGUGGAGCUGAAGGAGUCGUUUUGUCUCCAAACUAUCCUCUAAACUACACUACAAGACAGACUUGCUCCUACUACAUCACUGUGUCCACACAGUUUGUGGUGUUUGGUCAGUUUGCUGUUUUCCAGACAACGAUGAAUGACUCAGUGGAGCUGUUUGAUGGAGCCAAUGAGAAUGCUCGAUUGCUCAGCUCCCUGGCUGGGUCACAUUCAGGAGAGACAUUGCCAUUGGCAACUUCCAAUCAGAUCAUGCUGCGGUUCAAUGCUAAGAGUGGCCAGUCAGCUAGAGGUUUUCACUUCGUCUACCAAGCUGUGCCUCGCACCAGUGACAGUCAGUGCAGUUCAGUGCCAGAGCCUCGGUAUGGCAGGCGAAUUGGUUCAGAGUUCUCAGCUGGCUCUGUGGUUCGGUUUGAAUGCAGUCCAGGGUAUCUCCUGAAAGGAUCCAGUGCUAUCUGGUGCCAAGCCGUGCCAGGUGCCCUCGCACAGUGGAAUGCAACAACACCAAGCUGUAUAGUUCCCUGCAGUGGCAAUUUGACUGAACGUCGCGGUACAAUACUGUCUCCUGGCUAUCCUGAACCCUACCCAAACAGUCUCAACUGUCUGUGGAGGAUCCAUGUCAGUGAAGGGGCUGGGAUACAGAUCCAAGUGAUGACAUUUGCUACUGAGCACAAUUGGGACUCUCUGGAGAUCUACGAUGGAGGAGACAUGACAGCUCCCAAAUUAGGGUCAUUUUCUGGAACCACUGCUCCCGCCCUCCUCAACUCAACGUCCAAUCAACUCCUUCUGCACUUUCAGAGUGACAUCAGUGUUGUGGCAGCAGGAUUUCACCUAGAAUACAAAACUGUUGGUCUUACCACUUGUCCAGAACCAAUGAUCCCAGCCAAUGGCAUCAAAGCAGGAGACAGAUAUAUGGUCAAUGAGGUGGUGGCAUUCACCUGUGAACCUGGGUACACAUUACAGGUACGCUCAUGCGUUGCCUGUAUUAACAAUGUGUUUGCUGUGCCUGUGUUGUCAGCUCGUUGCGGCGGGAUCUUGUCUGAGAUGAGUGGUGUCAUCCUCAGUCCAGGUUUCCCUGGCAACUACCCCGGCAACCUGGACUGCACCUGGCAAAUCACCCUGCCAACUGGAUAUGGAGCCCAUAUUCAGUUCCAAAACUUCUCUUCUGAAGACAACCAUGACUUCCUAGAGGUCAGGGCUGGACCCCAGCACAGUUCUGCUCUUAUUGGACAGUUUACUGGCUCACAGAUCCCACCCCCUUUGCUAAGCACUACCCACCUGACGAUCAUCCACUUCUACAGUGACCACUCAGAAAACAGGCCAGGGUUCAAACUGAACUAUCAGGCCUAUCAACUUCAAAACUGUCAGGACCUCUUUCCCUUCCCCAAUGGUGACAUCAUCAACAGUGACUACAGCGCUGGGCAAUCAGUAACUUUUCGCUGCUACCCUGGCUAUGUUUUGAUCGGACACCCAGUACUAACAUGCCUGCAUGGGACCAACCGGAAGUGGAACCAUCCAUUUCCACGCUGUGAGGCUCCUUGUGGCUAUAAUGUCACGGCUGAAAAUGGGACAAUCUAUUCACCUCAGUACCCCACUGAAUACCCCAACUCCCAAGACUGCAGCUGGAUCAUCACUGUUCCCCAUGGACAUGGAGUUUAUAUCAACUUUACCUUAUUGCAGACAGAGCCUGUCACUGAUUACAUCGCUGUCUGGGACGGCCCAGAUACGUCUAGUCCUCAGCUGGGAGUCUUCAGUGGCAACACGGCAUUAGAGUCGGCCUACAGUACCAGCCCAAAGGUCCUGAUCCGUUUUCACUCUGACUUUUCAACUGGAGGGUUCUUCAUUCUCAACUUCCAUGCCUACCGUCUGAAGAAAUGCCCUGCUCCCCCUGUUGUGGAGAAUGCAGCAGUGAUCUUUGAAGAUGAAGACUUCCGGAUAGGUGAUAUUGUGAAGUACCGCUGUUUACCUGGAUACACACUGGUCGGAAAGGCAGAGCUGAUGUGUAAACUCAAUUCCCAUUUGCUUUUUGAAGCCCCGGCCCCAACAUGUCAAGCCCAGUGCCCAGCCAAUGAAGAGCGGUCUUCGUCAUCAGGAGUGAUACUAAGCCCUGGGUUUCCUAGCAACUACCCAAACAGCCAGACAUGCUCCUGGCUGCUUCAUAUGGUUCCAGGUUACACCAUCAAUAUUUAUGUAGAGAUGUUCCACAGCGAAAAACAGUUUGAUGAACUGGAGAUUUUUGAUGGAUCCUCAGGGCAGAGCCCUUUGCUUGUUGCUCUCAGUGGUAACCACUCAUCUCAGCUAAACUUCACAUCUAAAACAAACCAGCUCUACCUACGAUGGUCCACUGACCAUGCAACCAACAAGAGAGGAUUCAAGAUACGAUACUCAGCUGCCUACUGCAGCAUUAAUGAUCCUCCAGUGAAUGGUGGCGUGGUCAACCGAACCAAACUCCGUCCGGGUAGCAGACUUCAGUUCUAUUGUAACCGUGGUUACCGUAUGAUAGGCUCAAGCAAUACCACUUGCAGUCUCCACCCCAAUGGGCUUUUCCAGUGGGAUACACCACCACCUUUUUGUCAAGCUGUCUCAUGUGGAAUCCCUCAGUUGCCGGGUAAUGGCAGCUUCCAUGCUAACCAGUACACCGUUGGUAGCCAUGUCACCUACCACUGUAACUAUGGUUUCCACCUUGAUCCUGGUGCUCAAAUGACAGCCGUGUGUUUGGAGGAUGGCAGCUGGAGUAACGCUGCCUCAGCCCCCAGAUGCCUACCCAUCCACUGCCCCAGCAUUGAGGGCACCUUGUCAGAUCAUAUGACCUCCCGCCUGCUCACUGGUAGGUUGGGAGAGUUUGGUUCUAUGGUGAUGCUGGAAUGCUCAACAGGGUACUAUUUAGGCGUGGGGCAUCGGACUCUUCGCUGCCUUGCCAACGGAACCUGGGAGGGGUCGGAUGACCUAGCUACAUGCAAAAUCAUCUCCUGUGGUGAGCUUCCUUCUCCACCCUUUGGGACCAAACUGGGGACGUUGACCACAUUCGGAGCAACUGCAAUCUUUGUAUGUAACCAUGGUUACACACUGGUGGGGUCACAUGUCAGAGAGUGCGGUGCUAACGGGCUGUGGAGUGGUACAGAGACCAGGUGUCUAGCUGGUCACUGUGACUCUCCAGAUCCUAUAGUCAAUGGGCACAUUAGUGGAGAUGGCUCUAGUUACCGGGACACAGUGGUGUACCAGUGCAUGUUAGGAUAUCGCCUAAUCGGCACAUCAGUCAGGAUCUGUCAGCAAGACCAUCGGUGGUCUGGAACAACACCCGUUUGCGUCCCUAUCACUUGUGGUCACCCUGGCAACCCAGGCAACGGGCGGACUAAUGGCAGCGAGUUCAACCUCAAUGAUGUUGUCAACUUCACCUGUAACAGAGGUUACAUCCUCAGUGGAAAUUCUCGAGCUCAGUGCCGACUCAACGGACAGUGGAGCAGCCCCCUUCCCGUCUGCAAAGUGGUAAACUGUUCUGACCCCGGUCACGUGGAGAAUGGUGUGCGCCAGUCUGGCCAACGUUACCCAGAAGUCUUCAGCUAUGGUGUAACUGUGGCAAUCCACUGUAAACGUGGCUUCUACCUCCUGGGCUCUGCGCUCCUCACAUGCCAGCAUGAUGGACGGGCGGACCGACCAAUCCCUCGCUGCCUAGCUAUUUCCUGCGGUGACCCAGGUGUACCCCCUAAUACAGUAGUAUCUGGAACCAACAGUUGGACAUACGGUUCAGUACUGCAGUACUCAUGUCUGCCUGGAGGGGUGCUGGUGGGCAACGCUACCCGCCACUGUCUGGAGGAUGGCACAUGGAGUGGACCGCCCCCAUACUGCACUGGUGUAAGUCCAGGAAUCUGUGGAGACCCAGGGAUGCCUCCCCACGGUGCCCGUCUAGGCGGGGAAGAAUUUAAAACCAAGAGCCUGCUGCGUUUCAGCUGCGAGGCGGGAUAUAAUCCGAUUGGCUCAACCGAAAGGACCUGCCUUCACAACAGCACCUGGAGCGGCACACAGCCUGUCUGUCAAGCUGUAUCGUGUGGUAACCCUGGCACCCCAGCACACAGCAGAAUUGUCUUCAGUGAUGGCAUCACCUUUGGCAGCUCAGUUGCUUAUGCAUGCUGGGACGGCUUCAAAACAUCAGGCCUGACCACCAGGCACUGCACAACAAAUGGGACAUGGACAGGACAACCCCCAGACUGCACUGUGAUCAGUUGUGGAGAUCCUGGCCCAGUAGCCAAUGGGAUCUAUCUAGGAAGUGAGUUUGCCUUCAACCACACGGUGACCUACCGCUGUAACCCUGGUCAUCUGAUGGAACCCCCUGGACACAGCGUUCUGCGCUGCACUAAAGAUGGGACCUGGAACCAGACCAAGCCCAGCUGUAAAGUGAUCCAGUGUGGAACUCCUCCUCAAGUACACCAUGGGAAAGUGGAAGGAACCGACCAUUCAUGGGGCUCAAGUGUUAGCUACAGUUGUUUCCAUGGUUACCAGUUGUCCACUCCUGCUGUGCUAACCUGUGAGGGGAACGGGACGUGGACCGGAGACGUAGCACAGUGUUUGCCUGUCCUGUGUGGCGAUCCUGGCUCUCCUGGAGGUGGAUUCAGAGAGGGGAACAUCUUUUCUUACAGGUCAGAAGUCAGGUUCUACUGCCAUACCCCAUACCUGUUGGUAGGCUCUGCCUCCAGAGUCUGUCAAGCUGAUGGGAUUUGGAGUGGCCAACAACCAGCCUGUAUAGAUCCAGCCUUUAACAACUGCCGUGACCCAGGAACUCCAGCCUAUGGUAUCCCGGUCAUGGGCCAAGGCUUUCAGGUUGGCAGUAAGAUUUCCUUCAAGUGCCGCAAGAACUAUCACAUCAUUGGCUCCACCACAAGAAAGUGCCUAGAAAACCUAACCUGGAGUGGAACUCAACCUGAGUGCAUUGCCCAUUCAUGCAGACAGCCAGAGACCCCCAGUAAUGUAGAUGUUAGAUCUUUGGACCUGCCUACCUUGGGAUAUACGCUGAUCUACACCUGUCAAGACGGUCUCUAUCUGGCUGGGGGAUCAGAGCACAGAACCUGCAAAAGUGAUGGGAGAUGGUCGGGCAAACCCCCACUCUGUAAAGUUGGAGUGAAAGUCAAUCCCAAAGGCAGAGGAGAGUCGGAUGUCCAGAAGAACAAGAUUCGAGUUCCAGUGGAUGUGUUCUCUCCAAACUCGGAGUGGAGUGGUUUUUACGAGUAUCUAGGGAAAAGACAGGCCACCACAUUUACAGUGACUGGGUUCAACACUACCAGCGGCAGAGUUAACGUCACAUUACUGGAAACCAGCGGAGUGUCAAUCAGACUGUCAGGUACCUACAAGUCAGAGGAAAACCAGCUGCUGUUGAAGGUCUACCAAGUGAAGGGGCCAACGGAGCAUUACUACAGCAAGUUUAAAAAUGACAACUGGGCUGUGGAUGGAUAUGUUACUGCAGAAUCCGACCAGAAGACCUUUGUCUACCAGGGGCAUAUCCACAGUAAAGACUUUGGCAAGUUCCAUCUGACGAGGCAAGGGCCUGUAACCAUGGCAAUGGACCCAUCCAACCCCUACACAAACAGCAGCUCUGUGGCAGCAGCCAUCUUAGUUCCUUUCUUUGCCCUCAUCCUGUCUGGAUUUGCCUUCUACCUCUACAAGCACAGGACGCGUCCCAAGGUCCAGUUCAAUGGCUAUGUCGGCCAUGAGAGCUCCAAUGGUCAGGCAUCAUUUGAAAACCCAAUGUAUGACACCAACAUGAAGCCCACAGAGGCUAAGGCAGUUCGAUUCGAUACCACACUCAAUACAGUCUGCACUGUGGUAUAGUCUUACAAACCUGCCACUACCUACACAGUGGUUUAGUCCAACCACCAUGUUGCAGUCUGCGGUGUGUCUUAACCAAACAGAGAAGAAAGAAGAAAACUAAUGAUUUGGACUUGUCACUGUGAGCAGUCUGUGUUGUAGCAUGCUGGUCCUCUGUCAGCAUAAUCUUCACAGUUAUGAAGCUCUGCGCCACCUCCUACCUGAACAACUGUAUCAUCCACCUCUCGCUACAGUCCAAAAGAGCGAAAUAAGUCUGAACCAAUACACAAGGGAGUAGACAAUGGCGUCGUCAAAUAUGUUAUUCAGGAGAUCAAUUCUGGGACCAGAAUUCUUCUUAAGCACUGUUGCUAUUCAGACACCAAUGAAAAACACACAAAAAGAUGGUAUGUACGACUAAUUGAACUUCCUCCAAGACCAACAACCUCAUUUAACAGUGCUCGUCCUGUGUAAGUUGACCCAACCUCCUUAUGGAAAGGGCUUUGUAUGGCCAGAGUAAUAUGGCCCUUGAAUACUCUCCAUGCAACCUGAAUGGUGGUUAACCCAACCUAACCCCAUACUCCAUGCUAAGUUUGCACAGUGGUAAUAGGCUAACUCUUAACUUACUAACUCCCCUGAUGCAGGCCACACACAUGGGUGUGACCGAUGCAAGGUUCUACCCUCAGGGGGAAGCACAUACACUAUUCCACCCUUCAACCCCCUCCAGACAUCGAAUAGUGAUUGGAUGGUUCCUAUGUGUCAACACAAAAACCAUCAUUGGUGCUGGACCAAUAACCUCCCAUUGGACUUCACUCUGGACUUGACAGGACUGGACUCUCUGACCUAUUUACAGUUUACAGUCUGUUUUGGUGGAAGCUGAUAUCAAUUGUACAGACUGCUGUAAAGUUGACAACCAAAUGCAGUCAAUACAGUGACAAGUUCAAACAGACCAAUUCCUUUAAAGAAAAUGAUACUCUCAUCCAGUACUGGAUACUAGUAUUAGAUUAGUACUAGGAGAGGUUGACUAGUGCUAGACAAGCCAGGGUCAGAUAACAGUUGCAGAUACGUUUUAAAGGUUUGUUUUAGCUUACUUGGAGAACUGAAUGGACUAGGUUUAAUAUAGCAGGACAAUCACAGAGUUAGGUAAGUUGAGGUGUCAGUCAAGUUCCUGUGAUUGUCUUUACCUUCUGCCACUUACUGUAUUGCCUAUUAUGACAAUGUCUACCUACAGUAUUUGGCAACUAAUUUAGGCUAAAACAUAACAGCUUUAAUACGAGAACCUGGGAGCUAGUUCUAGAUGAGUUUUGGACAUUUUCAAAUAUUCUAUAGAGGUACUAUACAUCUAAAUCAGUCCUAUAUACAAUAUUCCACACUAGCACUAGAUAGACUGUGCUGAAGCAGAAAACAAGACAUUUGAGUUGCCGGGCUGGUGUACACAAUGGACUGGUUUCCAGAGGCCUGUCUAACACAAUCAAAGAGUCAGACAACUAAUUCUUGUUCUUGGACUAGCGAGGAUUCUGUGCUUGGUGGCUGAACAAGUGGAAGCCUGGAGGCAAUAACCUGUCAAGAUCGUCAACUGCUGCAAUCAGCUGUGGCCAAAUCCAGGAAAUGAUUUAUCUUCUCGUAACUCCGGUCGGGAUUAUCAGUCAAGUGAUGACUGAUUUGUUUUCUACAGCAUACCCUACAGCCACAAAAUCAGACAUAGAUGAACAGAUUAACAGACAGAUUGGUUGACUGGCAGAAAUUAGACAGAUGGACACGGACAAACGGACAGAUAGACACCUCUGUCAGUCGUGCUGGAAAAGAGAGACAAGGACAGGUUGCUAUGGAAACAGAGGCAAAUAGUUGUCUCUGUUUGUCUCUUCUGGCAUUUUUCUUCAGUGAAGAUAUUGAUGAACAGACUCUAUGUUCAAAUACCCAGUGGCCCCAUGGGACUUCCCAAACCACUGCUGCUGGGGACCCCAAAAUAUAAACUUUAUAUAAACUCCUAAACCGCACAAAUUUUGCACUAGUGUGUUUUUCUGACUGGGUUAUGAAAAAAAUGAAUAAUUUUUGGGUCUGAAAUGGGUUUGAAAAAUAAGUGAUUCAAAAGAGAGCAUUUUAUUCAAAAACUUUUAUCUUUAAAAAGAUGACAAAAUGACAAAAUACAGGGUUACAGCGUGUUUGUAUAUACACAUUUAUAUUUCACACUCCCUGUUAGCAGAAGGUGUGACCACAUGCUAUACCGUUGUUUAUUUUGUUGCUAUGCCAACAUGCUAGCCAACCCGAAAGUUGGUAUCAGUUUACCCAUUGACCUCUGAGCUUCUAGUGUCACUUAAUGACAAUGUGUUUUUAGAACAGUGGGUAUUUCUGAGAGCUCAUACUGAAUACUGCUGUAAUAUGUGGCAAAAAUAUACAGAAAGGGUCACAACCAUAAUAUGCAGUAUGGACCACGCUGCUAGUUUUAUUUGCAGGCAUUAAACUCCAUCUUUUUUCUGAGAUACUAUACAGUACUCUUAAGGUAUGCUAAAUAGUACACAAAAAUUUAAUAGUGUCCAAUCAAUAUGGGCUGAUUAUUUUUAACAGACAGUGUGAGCUAUCAGAAACAACAUGUGACUGUUUCUCUAACUCUUUAAAAAGAUGUGUUGCAAGUGUCCCCAACUACUCACAUUAUCAAGCAUCAUCUUUCAACACAUUUAACAUAUCUGAUGCACAUGAGCUUAUUUCAACACACCUAUUUAAAGAGCUCACAGCAUAUUUGUGAUAUGUUCGAGAAUUGGUCAUGUAAGGCAGAGGACAAAGAGAUAGACUAUGUAGACAACAUGCACAAUUAUUGUUGUCGAAAGUUGCGCCCAGAGCCCCUCCAUUGUUUGAGAAAUACCUCGUGUGCAGAGAGUAAGUUACAUCCUGCUUAUUAAUGCUGGAACCUCAUUGCAACAAAUACAUAAGCUUAGCAAGUGCAACCUAGCAUUCAGCAUUUCCUGGUAUUUUAAGUCAAAAUAUCAUAGUAACAUACAUUAGUCUGCAGGAUUCAAAAAAUGCACCAGUUUCAAAUCACUUGCCAAGCUUGUUAUUUCUCGCAGUGUUCUCUCAAAAUAAUUUUAUUUUUCGAAAGAUGCUGCACUUGGUUGCGAUCACAGAUGUUCCUGCUUUCAGUGUGUAUCUUUCAGUGUCUUCAGGCCUGUUUCUUGUUUGUUUCACUCUCCGUGCACACCAUUCUGGCAUUACACUUGAGGCAUUUGCUUUAACCUGCGUGAUUCUUUAUUGUCUAAAUGAAUUUUUGUUUAUGUUCCCCAUGUUUUCAUUCAUUCAGCCUCAAUUCAUCAUACUGUCUUACCCACAAACAAUAAAUCACAAAUCAAUUUUUCAUACUAAUGAUAACAAAUAGUGAGUAAAAUGUAUGAGAUGUCAGACAAUGAAAACUUACAACUCAUACCAUGAAACACAAGUUAUAAUACAGUGUUAUAUUUCAGGCCAAAACUCAAUUCACUAAAAUCAGAGUUACCUCAAAUACUGAAAAGAAAAACAUUUGGCAAGAGAAGGUUGUCACAUCCAUCUAUUUUAAAUUGGCAGCUCAUUUAAUUGAAAAUGAAUCUACUCCAGACCUGGAUGUUGCAAAUGAAAUGUCCUUAAACAAUGUGUGAUUAUGUUUGGAAGCAUGACUACGGGAUGUUGUUGGUAUUAUAAUAUCCAUUGUUAGCCAUAAUUCACAGUCUCAGGCUCAUGGUCAUGGUCAGACAGCCAGAAACACAUAUACCAGUGUGUGGCACUGAAAAUAAAGAUAUGCGGAUGUGUGUACGCACUAUAAUUUUAGUUUAAGAAGGCAACAAGAUAGAAAGGACACAUUCAAAAUCUUCUCACAGAAAUAAACAAGACAUCUGUAAACAACAGUAGAGCAUCUGCUUACAAGAUAGUGAGCCUCCUCUCUUUUUGUUGCUGAAGUGCACCCCAUGCUUCUAUUUUAAUUGAUUAAAUCAAUUCAGUGGAUAUUUCCUAUGGAGCCAAGAUAGCAUAAUGGAGCCUGAAAAUUAGAGGCUGCAAGGUUUCCAAAGGUGUAAUAAAAUGUCUAAUUUUUAACAAUUAAUGACACAGAUCUGAUCUCCUAGUGUGCCCAAACAAGAAAAUCUAGACUCAGCGUUGUCCCAGUUUAUCCUGGCAUGCAAAGAUCAGAAUGGCAGUACAAGGGUUAGAUUUCAGAUUGUGUGUACCUAUAGAAAUUUGGGGAAAUGCAAAAGUGACACAUACCAUACGGUCUCAGGCUUAUAGCAGAAAUCUUAAGUUAUUACAGUAUUUCUGUAAUAUUCACCUUGAUUCUCACUCUGACUUCAAUUUAGACUAAAGAUAUGCUGAGACAUGGUGGAGGUGCAGACAAAGUUUUUUCAAUAUAUGAAAUGAUCUGUUUCAACAAAAGAAGUCUUUGACAGGGUCACAAAAACAGAUCUCCAUCGUGUCUGGGUUUGUACUCAAAAAGGAGACAAAUGUUGAGUUGAUAGAUAAUUAAUUUGAAUGACUAUUUAAUUAAAAUUAAAGGAAUGUGAAUGAUUGAAAUGGGAAGAAAAUCACUAGUUUGGUAUAGCUAUUCUUUUUAUUGCUGUAGGAAAAUGUAGGUAAGACAGUGGGGAGGCUGCAUACUGUAAGGCUGAUACAUGAAGUAACAAGACAGGCUAUGGUAUGUUCACGUUCACGUUCAAGUCUAGUUAAAAGGUAAAUCGGUGAAAAUAUUCUAAAUAUAGUGUACACAUAAAGAGAUAUUUUGCGGAUUUUAAACCAACUCUGUGUCAUGGCAGUGUGCAGAUGAACAAUCUCACUCUGUGACAGUUCGUUAGUCUCUUGUUUUUUCAUAGACGCAGAGUGAUACACAUUUUGCAAUGGAAUUAGAUGUCAUAGUUAGUGUAUAUGGUUAUUAUAUCAUGGCUAUGAACCAAUUUGAUUGAUUGAUUUGAGCUACACGAUUUAUAAAGUAUGAUACAGUGAGUUAAUCUGUUUAUAGACCAGUAUCCUUCUUAAUAUACAUAACCACAUACAUUAUCUGAAAUGCCUCAAAGGCUCAAGACUUUCUUAACAAUUUGUGAAUAAUUUUCCACAUUUGGCCUUCAUUUGGCAUUGUCACCAGUCCUCACCGUUUAAAAGAGCAACAGCUGGCUACAAGUUAAAAAACAACAACUACCCACAAAAUUUUUAAAGGCCAAGGUUGUUUCUGCUUUUUCAGCUGUGACUUUUCACAGUUUGUGUUCACAAGUUUGUCCCUUACUCUCUCUAAAGUGGUAUUGUCAGCAGUCCUCAUUGAAACAAAGGGACACAGUUUGCUGCGAGCUUAAGUCAAAACCAAUGAUAAAAUCAUU